ACAACUCCGAAGGGGGAAACCCUAUUGGUGUCGGAUAUAUCCUCAUGGAGAAAAUGGCUGGGAAGUCGCUGCGUUGGUCACUUACUUCUUCUAAGAAGAGGAAGAAAGUCAUGAGCCAGCUAGCAGGCAUAUACACUGAAUUACAGGCUUUUCCAUUCGAUUUGAUGGGCUCUUUGGAUAAAUCGGGAAGCGAUCAUGUCGGACCCUUUGCGCGAGAAUCAUUGACAGACUAUGUUGACUCUCGAGUGCAACCCAUUGGACCUUUUACCUCUUCCGGGGAUUAUCUCGUCGAGGGCCUUCGAUUGACGCUAGAUCUAAUUAUGAGAGGCGAGUGUUAUGCGGCGCAAGCAGUCGAUGCAUUUCUAGUCCAUCGCUUUCUCUUGGACUCUGUUCCGAGGAUAUUAUCAUAUCACGGCCAUGACGACGGACGGUUCUACCUGACGCACGCAGAUAAUAAAAGAGACCACAUCCUGGUUGAUGAUGACGACUACAAUAUCACAGGAUUGUAGACUGGGAAUGGGCGCAUGCGACACACUAGAGUAUCAUCAAAAUAUUUAAUAAGCCAGUCAUUAGAGAAUAUCCAUUUGAGUGCAUAUGCACGACUCCUGGCUUAAUUGGG